GGUUCCACCGAGCAAGCAGGUCCUAAUUUUCGUCGCCGACUUGAAUUUCUACCACGCCGACGACAUAAGCGACCGCGCGGGUCCAGACGCCGAGACAAGAUGCGGGUCGACUCGGACGACGACUUCGACGACUACGACAUGUUGGAAAGCGACGACGACACGAAUCAUCAGAUCGACGACACUCCCGCCUCAACUCCGCCCAGCGCGAGCACACCGCAUUCCCGCCCGGGUUCCCGCCAGAAGAAACUGAGUUGUCCAUACGAAGGAUGCGACAAGGCGUACAGUCGUCAGGCUAGACUGACAGAACAUAUUCGAUCCCAUACUCAAGAACGUCCUUUCGUUUGCCCUCAUCCUCCCUGCACCAAAGCUUUUCUUCGUGACAGCCAUCUGAAACAUCAUGUGAAAGUGGCGCACACCGACAUUCGGGAUUACAAGUGUACAUGGGAUGGAUGCGAUGCUAGCUUCGCGACAGGAACAAGACUGCGACGCCAUGUUGAAGCGCACAAAGCGAAGGAAAAGUUCACAUGCCGUGGCUACCCUGGUUGCUCUCAAGUCUUUCGCAAGCAGGAGACCCUCGACCGACACAUUUUGUCUGUUCACGAGCAAGUCAAGCCUUUCCAGUGCCCAGACAACGACCCGAUUACCGGCCUCCCAUGUAACAAGUCAUACGACACCGCUGAGCACCUGCGUGGCCAUCAGCGAACCAGACACGACACCACCAGAUUCUCCUGCUCUGAUUGCAUGGCACUAAAUGCGGCAAGUCUCGCAAACUCGAACGACGUUGAUCCAGACUCCUUGCUUGUGGCAUCCUUCGCGACCUAUGGUGAACUUCAAGCUCACAUUACCAUUGUCCAUCCACCGACCUGCUCAUACUGUCCCACCUCAUUCACCACCAACAAGGAACUGACCAGACAUCUGGAGAUUCAGCACGGAAUCCUGCCUGACAAACCCAACGGUACAGGCAAAGAGUUUCCUUGCACUUAUGAUGGAUGCAAUAAGAUAUUCACCAAGAAGGGCAACCUCAACGUCCACAUCAAGACCGUGCACGAGAACAAGCGAGACUUUGUAUGUGGAGAAACUACAAUCACACUUCCCGAGGAACUUGCCGACAAGGAGGAUGUUGUUGUGCAUGGCUGUGGCCGCAAUUUCACUAGCAAGGCAACCUUGGAGGAGCAUGUCCGUACUGCUCAUCUUGGUCUGGAGGCAAAGAGAGUCGUGCGCAACAAGAAGCGAAAGGCCGAGCGGCAGGUCAACGAGACGGACGAGCAAGCGUUUAAGAAGCGCAAGCCUCGUUCGGACAAAGGAACCAAGAAGUCUUCAGCCAUCGCUGGUCUGACAGGCCAGACUCCUGCUCAGAAUUCCGAGACUGAACAACCUCAAGCAGAUGGUCAGGGCUUGGGUGCUUUCAGCUUCCACCCUCCUGCAGCAGUUGAUGUUCCUGCGAAUCAAAUGGACGAAGAUGAUGACGACAACUUCUUGUCUGGAUCCAUGGUCAUGUGCGGCAGUCAAAUCUUCCACUACGGCAGCUCGUACCACUAUCCAUCUGGCGAAUAUCCAACUGUCGGUGGACAAGAUCCUGCAGGCCCCGGUAAGAAUGAUGAAGAGACAGCCUCCCAUGGCGGCGAUCUCGAAUAUGGUCAAUACUUGCCAGAUGGUGCUAUGGAUUACGAAGUCGACGACAACUUCUUUGGCGGCUUCGAAACCGAGCCUGCGUUCGCCAACUAUCCAGCGCCAUCCAGCUACUACUGAAAAGCAACCUCGAUUGGUCUUUAUGAAGAAUGGUUAUUGACGAAAUGAUACCCCUGAUACAGCGAUGUGUUUUGCGGCAUGCGCUUGUGCUGCUGCUGCUGCUGCGUUACGAAAUGAGCGAGAUGAUGUGGCAUGUGGUGUGGUUGUGGAGAUGGAAUGAUGCUAUUCUCUUUUUUCAGCACAGCGAGGCGUUGUAGGAGAACAAAAAGUGUAUUGCAUGGAGCUUGGGCGGCUGCCGGCGCCGCUGCCAAAAGUCGAUACUUGGGCUGAUAUGAAAGCGACGGUGCUCACGGUCGCAAAAAGCAAAAAAGUGAGCUAUUUCCCCAUUGAGGCCAUUCUUGGAAGGCCAAAAAAUCGAGUCAAGAUAGCUAGAUGAGAGCUCCAUGACUCAAAAUGAACUUAUCCAAAGUACUU